AUGGACCACUUUCUCUUCAAAGUAAACGUUACUUGGACCUCGCCCUUUUUCGUGUAUACCCCUGCUGAUCAAUGGUACAAUGGCAUCACAAACAAGAACGAUAGCGUCGCUUCAUUCAACUUUCGAGGUAACGUCGUUCUUCCACCUGCUUCAGAUUUACUGAGUACUCCCUUCACAGGAAACGGUGUGAAACUGUUUGGCUCGACAAAUGCAACGUACACCACGCAGGUCGACGACAUGGCCUCGCAACCGGCGAACCCACGGUCGUUCAACUACACAUCGGGAGAAAUCCCUUCCAACCUCGCGUGUGAAGACGGAAAACCCUGGGGAUGUACCGUCAUGGCCGAGUACCACGACUUGGAUCCGUCAGUCAACCAUACCUUUACACUCCAGUCCAAGUUCAACGAGAACACCUCUGGAGACGAUAUAAAUAUUCUGGGAAUGCAGGUUCUGUAUGAUACAGGUCUCACGGCCGACGCGAAGCAGCAGAUCAACGAAGUCCCCAUGGAAGACAACCGACUCGUUUACGCAGGAAGUUGGCAAAAUAUAACAUAUGAUCCUUCGCAGUACCGCAUCAGUAGGGUUCCUGGAUCGACAAUUACAUUUCCGUUUAGUGGUUAUGCAAUUUAUGUCUGGGGAACUACAGAUAUCUUCACGAGCAGGCUCUCCGUCUCUCUCGACGGACAAACCCAUGAUAUGCCAGCACCCUCAUCAAAAUACCCAGAUCCCUACUGUUUACUAUGGUAUUAUGCCGGGCUCGACCAAACUGCUCGGCAUACGGUCGUCGUCACCAACCCGGACACCGCUGGGCUCAUCAUCAGGGGCUUCACUGUCAUCAGACUUGUGGACCCACAAAACCCUGGUGAUUCUGUGCCACCGACUUCCCAACCGAAUCGACUCUCCACAGGAGCAAUCGCGGGGAUUGUAGUGGGUGUCGUCUUUAUUCUCUGUCUCGCAGUUGCAGCAUUUUUCGUAUACCGCCGGAUACAACAUAGACGCGUUCAAUUCGAGAAGGACUCUUCGGCACCCUCUGCCCAACCUCUCACGGGCACAAGCGCAUCAAGUAGUAGUAGGUUUGGACAGGUCACACCUUGGUCGGGGCCAACUACACCGAGCGGAUUUAUGCAAACCCCUCAAUCGUCUGUAGCACCAACCCCCCACUACCCGCCAUAUCGCAUCGACGAAACAAGGGUUCCUAACAGUGCGGCAACAACAAAAACUUGGAUACCUUUUUGGACAGAGACCGCUGGACCGAGUCACGUCGGCAACUCUGCUCGACAGUAUGCAUCAACGAGUACUCAAAGCCCUCUGACUCCUGGGUUCAAUUCACCAGGAGCUGGCGUUUACGGGCUGGAGCAUCGCAAGCCACCAUUGGAUCUCGGUGGGCCAUUAAACACACCGCAGACGGAAAGAGGCAUCGCAGUCUUUGUCACUGCGCCAAGUUCAUCGGGACAUGGGCAAAGCGGGUCGGAGAGGCCUACAGGAUCAGGAUCGGGGUCAGGGUCUCGAGGAGCAAUGCUCGAUUCAGAGAUGGCUCAGACGGAUGUGAUGAGUGCGCAGGAACAUUUAGAUCGCUCGGCUACGCCACCACCUGCCUAUGAAUACAGAGCGCAGCCGGGAUCGAGCGCUAGUGCGCCGGAUGAAGAAGAGCAAGAGCGAAGACGGAGAACAGACGAGGAAAGGCGAAGAAGGAGAGAUGCAAAGACAGCAUCUGGCUCUGGUCUCGGUCUGAUGAACGAUUGA